AUGAACGGUAUGACACACAUUUUGGGUGCAAGCGAUUAUUGGGCCAAAGAUUUAAUAACACCCUUACAUACCAUAUUAAUUGGCCUUCCGAAAACUUCACGCCAUCGUAUCAUUAGUUUUGCUCACCGAAUUGAUGAUAUUUGCAAGCUAAAUGCAGAAUUUGCAAGUUGCAUAAAAAACUGCGGUGAUCAGACUAUUGGUGAUAUAUUGCUAAAAGGUCAAAUUUCAUGGACAAGCAUUUGUGAUGCAUAUCAUUAUAACACUGAUGAUUUUUUGUCAUUCAUUGUACCAUGUUGGUCAAGGCAUGGCAAUGAUGUUGUAACGCUAUGUGCAACGCAAACAGCAGUCCUGCAGCAUGCAGCAUCAAGCUUAGUGGACAAUGGUAUAGAAAUGGUCAACGAGCAUCUCGACGAUUUAUGCAACAGUGUCAUAAUGCAUGACAAAUGCUAUGUGAGGCAAUCAAACAAAUUUUGUGGUUUAAAAAUGCACGAAUUUUUGAUUAAUUUGAGCCGGCGAAAUUUUAGAACAUUGCUGGAAUUAUUAAAAGAAUCCGGAUUAAUUAAGCGUUUGCCGGAUUCAUGUGAGCAUUGGGCAAAAAAAUCAUUAAAUCACAACUGGCAUAACGAACGUGAAAACGCUCAGCGUCGUGAUAUUUCCGCCAGUGGUGAAGUGAUGUUGAACGUGGGCAAUGGUUGA